AUGCCGGCCGCCGAAGCAUCCCCCGUCGCAUCUUCCAAUUCCGGUUUUGUCACGAUGGAAGACCGGAAAAGAGCCGCUGCUUAUGACCAUAACGACUCGGCUCCACCAUUGAAGAAGCAGGCGACUUCUGUCAAUGGUGGUAGCAAGCCGCACCCCGAUGCUGACAUGCCCUGGAAGGAUGAUCUCGAGCGAUUCCAAAAAGACGCAAUAUGGCGCCAGAUGCAGGAGUACAAGCGGGAGAAGGUGUCCCUUGAGGCCAAGUUGAAGGAGUUAUCCAAGUCGACCACCAACCAUAAUGAUCACCUACGUAUUAUCGAUGCCUGGUACAAACAAUUGAUCGAUGAGGUUCAAAUACUCAUGGGCGCCCCGGAAGAAGAUGCCAAGGGUGGGUCCGCCGUGAGGCCACCAGUUGCUCUACACCCAGCCACUAACCCUUCUUCAGAAUCCUCGUCCUUCCAAAGCAGUCUCUUGUUUGACGAUAAUGAGAAAUUUGAGAAACAUCUUAAAUCUCGGUCGGAGGAUAUCCGGAAAAUAAUUUCGAGCGUCUUGUCUAAAUCGGCGAAAGUUUCGCCGAAGGUCUCAGAGUUGCAGACCCAACUCGCAAAGAAAUUAGCGGAAGAGAAGGCCACUAUCAGCGAUCUCGAGAAGGCGUUGGCGGAAAAGCAGCAGCUAGAGGAGAGCUUGGAGGAGGCAUCUCUACGUUACAUGGUCGCCGAGAAGAAACUUGAUCGUGCACGGAGCGUCACUGUCGCCAAACUCGAAAAGCAGUAUAUACUGGGUGCCCAGCGGCCCGGGGGUGAUAGUGCAUCUGGACAGCGGGACGAACCGUCAGCCUCGAAUGGCGCAACUCCAAGUGGUGAACGAAGCCCUGCGUUGGACGAAGCCCACAACAAACUCGCGGCCAUCUCGGAAAAGCAAAAGGAACAGCUCCAGAAAUUGGAGGCCGAGAACGCCAAAUUGAUAAGCCAAAUCACUGACUUGAAUAUCAAGCAUACACGAUUGACGGAUGAUGAUUAUGCAAGCACGGAUUUGUUCAAACAGUUGAGAUCUCAAUACGACGAUGUUGUUACUCGAAUAAACCAUUUAGAGGCGACUAAUGUACAACUUCGCGAAGAAGCGUCGAAACUACGGUCGGAACGAACUGCAUACCGCAACCAGGUCGACGAGGAGACGCAGAGUGUAAUUGCCGAGAGGGAAGCGCAACUGAUGCGGGCUGAGACGGAUUUGGCACGGAUACGGAAUGCGCGCGACGAAUUAUUGGCGGAUCAACAGAUGCGAAAGGCUGCGCAGGAGCAGGAGAAAACCACGGCUAUCAAAGUCCAGGAACUCGCAGAUGCAGGCCAGGCUCGAAUCGCAGCCCUGGAAUCCGAGGUGGAGCGCUUGCGUGUCGAAGUUGAGAAGGAGAAGGCUGCCGCACCGAGUGUCGAUGAAAUCUCAAUCGAAGAAAUGCGUACUCGAUUCCGCAAUUUAGAGCGCCAAUAUGCGAUGCUCAACACCGAAUUAUCCUCGAUGCAAAUCGCUUGCAAAAAGUAUUCGUCUCUGGCUUCGCAGAAAGUCACCGAUUUCGGCGCUCUGGAGGAGAAGGUCGCACGACUCAUUGCGGAGAAGUCCAAAGCAGAUCAAAAAUACUUUGCUGCAAUGAAAAGCAAGGAGGCUCGGGAGUUGGAGGUUCGCACUUUGCGUAUGCAGAACUCCAAGAGUUCGGACAUUGUCACGCAGCUGAAGGAAUCGGAAGCUGCAACUCGAAAUUUGCUUGCGAACAUGGAAAAACAAGUGAGUGAGACCAAGGAAGCAUUGAAUAGCUUGAUUGCCAAGAACCACGCCGCGCAACAACAAAUCACGGAAAACAAUAUCACAAUUGAGGGUCUGAACCGGCAAGUGGCGGAUCUCAAGGCGUUGUCCGCAUCCAAAGAUUCGACACUUUCCAGUACGGCCAGUGCUUGUCGUAAAGCCGAAACGGAAGUCGAGGGCUUAAAGGCUACCCUGGCGGACACGAAGAAGAGUCUAGACAACUGGAAGAACAAGAGUCUUGGCAACCAGUCAUCCGAAUAUGAGAUGCUGCGGACGCUUGCUCUCUGUACAGUUUGUCGCCGGAAUUUUAAAAAUACAGCGAUCAAGACUUGCGGCCACGUCUUCUGCAAGGAUUGUGUCGAAGAACGUCUUACCUCGCGGUCACGCAAGUGCCCUAACUGCAACAAGUCCUUCGGCAAUAACGACUACAUGCAUAUCACUCUGUGA